AUGACAGCCCCGAACGAGAUCUAUCAGUACUCCAUCAUCAGUAGCCUUGCUCAAGGCAUCUGUGCGGAUGGCCUUCCAGUCAUGCAGCUACUCUCGAAAGGGGACCAUGGUCUAGGUGCUCUAGCUGGGCUUGAUGGCGAGGUUACUAUCAUUGACGGUCACGUAUACCAGUUCACCUCAAGCGGAGGUGCGCGCGCGCUUGAGCCCUCCGAUGUCACCCCCUUCCUUACCUCCGUCCAUUGCCAACAUAUUCCUUCUUUUGCGAUUCGGAUCGCCGGCGUUUUCCCUAACAUCAAGUAUCGAGUCGCCCCGCCGCAGACCCAUCCUCGGAAGACCCUGACUGAGGUUGUGAAACGGCAGACAUUUACGAGCGCAUUCAGUGUCGUCGGACUCCAUUUGCAUUUUCUUUCGGAAGAUAAGAAAGCGGGCGGGCAGAUUUUGCAGCUCAAUACUGAGGAUGCGAAUAUCUUAGUUGCUACUAUCAGAAGAUAUAGGGUGCAAUGGCCAGAGACAGAAGGGUUUGAUUCAGAGGUGAUUGUAGAGCCUGACAGGAAUGUUGUUAGCAAAGCCGGAGGGAAUGGGACCUUUUACCAGAGAUGUUUGUUUAUGGGCCACCACCCAAUUACCUAUUAG